GUCUACAUGAAAACCAAAUAAGUAAGAUAGCACUUAUCAUCUUGCAGUUGCUUCCAGUAAAAUGAUCAUCUCACAGAAUCAUAGUGUCCUACUUCUUAUUUUGACUUUUCUGGUUAUCUCCAAGAGCCAAGGCAACGUUCAUUAUUAUGAUUUUGUUCUGAAGGAAAAGAAUUUCACGAGAUUGGGCAGCACAAAAAGCAUACUGACAGUAAAUGAUAGUUUUCCAGGACCAACCAUUCGUGUUCACGGAGAUACAGCUUUUGUCACUGUCCAUAAUCAAGGAAGAUAUGGGGUCACUAUUCACUGGCAUGGUGUGAGGCAACCAAGGGAUCCUUGGUCAGAUGGACCUGAGAACAUAACACAGUGCCCUAUUCCACCAGGAACAAGUUUCACUCAGAAGGUGGCCUUUACAUUGGAAGAAGGAACUCUUUGGUGGCAUGCACACAGUAGUUGGACACGUGCCACUGUCCAUGGGGCCAUUGUCAUUUUACCAGCAUAUGGAAUAUAUCCUUUUCCUGAACCUGCUGGACAACACAUUCUUAUCAUUGGUGAGUGGUACAAAGGAGAUGUGAUGCAAAUUGCAAAUGUAGCCGGGGCAACUGGUGCAAGGCCCAGUGCAUCAGAUGCUUACACAAUCAAUGGCCAACCUGGUGACUUCUACAAUUUCUCAAAAGAGAACACCCAUCGCUUUUUAGUUGAUCAUGGAAAGACAUAUCUUUUCCGCAUAAUAAAUGCAGCAAUGAACGAAGAGAUGUUCUUUGGGGUUGCUAAUCACAGCCUUAUACUUGUAGGCAUUGAUGGUUCCUACACAAAGCCCUUCAACACCAGUUUCAUCAUGAUAACCCCAGGACAAACAAUGGAUGUGUUGGUCUCAACAAACCAGCCAAAGGGUCUUUAUUACAUUGCUGCUAGUCCUUUCUCUGAUGGCAAUAAUAGGGAUGAGAAUUCUCCAACAACAGCUAUUCUUGAGUACAGUGAGAAUUUUAAACCAUCACCAUCAUCCAUUCCCAUGCCUGUGCUUCAUACAGUGAAUGACUCAGGAACAGUAUUCAAUUUUACGAGGAGCUUGAGGGGUUUGGCAAGCCAAGAUCACCCUGCUAAUGUGCCAUUAAAUGUGACAAGAAGAAUUUAUAUGACAGUAUCCUUGAAUGAACUACCUUGUCAAAACCCAAAUGGAACUUGUUUGGGACCUAACGGAAAUAGAUCAGCUUCAAGCUUAAACAAUAUAAGUUUUCAGAUCCCACAGAUUGAUAUUCUACAGGCAUACUACUGGAACAUAUCAGGAGUUUUCAGUGAAGACUUUCCGGAUCAACCACCUUUCUUUUACAACUUCACAGGAGAUACAGGAAGCAAUACAUUGAUCCCAAGCACAGGAACAAGGGUGCUAAUGUUUGACUAUAAUGAGGUUGUUGAACUUGUGUGGCAGGGAACCAGUGUUGUCGCUGCAGUGAGUCAUGCCAUGCACCUUCAUGGUUUUAGCUUCUUUGUUGUGGGUGUGGGAAAAGGAAAUUUCAACAACGUGACAGACCCAAAAUCUUACAAUUUAAUUGAUCCACCAGAAAUUAAUACCGUUUGUCUUCCUGAGAAUGGAUGGCUUGCAAUGAGAUUUGUUGCGAAUAAUCCUGGUGUUUGGUACAUGCACUGUCAUCUUGAGAGGCACGCUAGUUCGGGUAUGGAUACUGUGCUCAUAGUAAGAGAUGGAUAUACCACGCAAACAAGUAUGGUUCCACCACCUAAAUACAUGCCACCUUGUUCUUAAUGAAAAGGAUGUAAAUCUCAAAUCACCAUUUAAAGUAAAUUCAAACUUUGUAGAAAUGUUUCUCUGUCAAUGAUGUUUUUUCUCUUUUCCAUUUGCUAGCAUGUCUUGUGAACAGUUAUAAUUGGGAAACUCUUUGUUAACCCAAUUUAUGGUUUGUUCUUUAUUUUUAAUUUAUCUACUUAGUAUCACAUCAUAUAUAAAACCUUACAAAACCAUCACAGUCAAGUGAAGUCAACUCUAGUUACCAGAUUGUAAUUUUGUACUCUAUUGGAAUAAU